AUGUACUUGACUUACAGUACGGACCGAUCUCUGUCAGAGCCGAGGAUGCGGGGGCUCCAAACACUCAAACAACACUGUGUUCCACAGUCGUCAUCAAUCAUCAAUCACGUACCGCCGACGCUUCGUCAGAUGCGCGUCUCUAAUCACACUGCGAUUCUCCUCUCAGCCGUCGGCCGUGUUCACGGCCGAAUUGUCAUAUGCAAUCUAGGCUAA